AUGAAUGUGGGAACUACGACUUCGAUGGGCAUGAGCGAUAUGAUUUCGGCGACAGCCACUGCGUCAGCGAUGAUGACUGCCACAACGGAUUUCACACCAGGUAGAAUGGAUUCAAAAGGACGAUACGUCCCUACUUCAUCAGAAAUGACAGCUUAUCAAGCGGCUCGAAUCCCCUGGGCGGAUCAAGUAAAAUAUGGUUAUUACACUUUAGAAUUUUUAUCUGGUUUAUUGGCUUUUUAUACUAUUCUCAACGCUUUUUGGAGAUACCGAGUACGAUAUGGAAUUUCGUCAACUCUCUAUAUCAGAUUAUCAGCUAUAUCUAGAUUGUUUACCUAUCCUCAGAUCCCAAGGUAUCAAGAUUAUCUUUCGUGGUUAUGGAUUUUUGGACCAUUGGGACCUAACCUUAUUCUUUUCGCUGGAUUAGUCUUCGCCAGUUGUUUCACCUUCAUCAAUGAAUAUUACUACUAUCCCCCUUUUUACGGGUCAGCGCCUUUGUACCUUAGAAGCGAAUGGAUAGCAAUGGCUACUUUACCGUUCGUAUAUGUUCUCGGAUCGAAACGGAAUAUCAUCUCUGUGUUGACUGGGGUAUCGCAUGAGAAGCUUCAAGUGUUGCAUCAAGGAGCAGCAUUCAACUUCACAUAUAUGAGCUUGGUACAUACCAUCGCAGCGUGUAUCAGGGCUAUACGAGAAAGAGGGCUGGGCGGAACACUCAAAGUAAAUGAGGUUUACGUUUCUGGUUUUGUUGCUUUAGCGCCUUUGUUGGUGCUUUUCAUCGGUGCUUUACCCCCUUUCAGACGUCCGUUCUACGAGACCUUCUACUGGAUACAUAUUGUUAUGGCUCUUUUCUUUGCUGGUGCUAUGUUUUGGCACGGAUACCAAACGCUAGACAGCGAUGCUUAUAUGAUAGCGACUAUUGUUUUGUUUCUUUCCAGUAUCACUUGGAGAUUUAUCAUGACCAUAUUGAACAAUCCAGUAUUUCAUCGAGCCAAAGCUGAAUUGAUCGAUGAUGAAACUCUAAAACUCGUCAUUCCCACUAUAUUCAUCGAUUGGUCAGCCGGUCAACAUGUUUUUCUUCGUUUUAUUUCUGUUCAACCAUUUGAUUCACAUCCAUUCACCAUAUCGUCGAUGCCAACUCCAUCUUGCCAUGAUCAGAACAGGUCCCGAAACCAAGAGAGAACUAUGGUUUUCCUCCUUAAACCACUUUCAGGAUUUACUGGGACUCUCUUCGACAAGGUACAAAACGGAGAAGUCGAUUUCAGAGUUCUGGUUGAUGGACCAUAUGGUGGAGUCGGAAACGAUCUCAGAGCAUUUGAUUCGGUCAUGAUUUGUACUGGUGGAACGGGUAUUACAUGGGCUUUGAGCGUACUUGAAGAUUUAGCUUGGAAUGGUAAAAAGGGUCAAGAGAUCAAUCUCGUUUGGGCAGUAAGGAAACUAUCCGCCACGAAAUGGUUCGAGAAUGAAUUGACCUUUAUACAAUCCCAAUUCCCUCACAUCAACAUACAGCUAAACGUAACGAGCGACUCUUCCGAAAAGGCGAAACAGCAUCUAACGGCCACAUCUUCCUCAACCGAUAAUGGCACUCCCAUCACAGAGAAGGAUAUCACUUUGGAAGAAAAGCAUAAUCUUUCAAUCCUUAGUGGCAGACCGGAUCUACAAAGGCUAAUUCAACAAAGGGCCUCUUCCACUCAAGGUGCUUUAGCUAUUGCCACGUGUGGUCCAGCUAGUUUCCUCGCGGACUGCGCCAACGCAGCUACCAAAGCUCAAAUUGGGAUUUUGACAGGCAGAUAUCCUGAUUUGACAGAGGUAUACCUAAAAUCAGAAUCGUACGCAUGGUAA